CAGUCGAUGAGAAACAGUUUGCCAAGAUGGAUCCACUCGGUAACCCGUCAGCGAGAAUCGCGCGCCGCUUAUCGACACCUUACCAGCCGUCGUUAGUUGUUUGUUUGCUUGUAGUGCUACUGCCAGCUGUGACCUUGGGAAGCAGCCAGGAAGAGCGGCAACGGUUUCCAUCGAACUUUACGUUCGGUGUCGGGACGUCGGCGUACCAGAUCGAAGGUGGCUGGGCAGAGGAUGGUAAAGGUGAGUCGAUUUGGGACCAUCUGACACACCGGCGACCGGAAAAAGUCGCCGAUCGCUCGAACGGUGAUGUGGCGUGCGAUAGCUACCGCCACUGGAAACGUGAUGUGCAGAUGGUGAAGGAUCUCGGGGUGGACGCGUACCGUUUCUCGAUCGCCUGGCCUCGCAUUAUGCCGACGGGGCUCCGUAAUCAAGUGAACCAGCGUGGGUUAGCUUACUACAACGAUCUCAUCGACGAGCUGCUCCGCCAUGGCAUUCGUCCGAUGGUGACGCUCUACCAUUGGGAUCUACCGCAGCGACUCCAGGAGUUGGGUGGCUGGAUGAAUCCCGACAUUGUGCACUAUUUCGUGGAGUAUGCCCGCGUGGUGUUUGAAAGUUUCGGUGAUCGAGUGAAGUGGUGGACCACGAUCAACGAACCGUGGCAUGUUUGUGAGCAAUCGUACGGUCGCGAUGAGAUGGCACCGGGUUAUCACUUCCCGGGCGUGCCCGCGUACACCUGUGGGCAUAAUAUUCUGCGGGCGCAUGCCGAAGUGGUGCAUCUGUACCGUGGCGAGUUCCAGAAGGUGCAGCAAGGGCUAAUCGGAAUAUCGCUCGAUUGCUGGUGGGCAGAACCGGAAACGGGAAGUUCCGAUGAUCUUGAGGCGGCUGAAUGGGAGCUACAGUUUCACCUCGGUUGGUUUGCGCAUCCCAUCUUCAGCAAGACGGGUGAUUAUCCGGAGGUGAUGCGCCAUCGUAUCGGUAAUUUGAGUGUCCAGCAAGGGUUCGCCAAAUCUCGCCUGCCAGUGUUUACACCGCAGGAAGUGGCACGCAUUCGCGGAACUUCGGAUUUCUUUGGACUGAACACGUACACGACCGUGUUGGCACGGAAGAACGAUGAGCAGAACUCUGCCGGUUAUGCUGUGCCCUCGUUCGAGCAUGAUGCAGGCGUCGUCGUUUCAGCCGAUCCCGAUUGGCCCGAAGCGGAGGAAACGUCGUGGAUUAAGAUUGUCCCCUUUGGACUGCAUAAGCUGCUGAGCUGGAUCAGCGAACAGUACGACAAACCGGCCAUCUGGAUAACGGAGAACGGCAUCGGAUCGGGACCGGGUACAAAGGAUCCGCAGCGGGUGGAUUACUUCAACGGCUACCUGGGUGCCGUUUUGGAUGCCCUCGAGGAUGGAAUUGAUGUGCGGGGAUACAUCGCCUGGAGCUUGAUGGAUAACUUUGAAUGGCGCGAUGGUUAUACGCAAAAGUUUGGUUUGUAUUACGUGGAUUUUAAUGAUCGCGAGCGCACACGCUACCCCAAGAUGUCCGCCAAAGUGUUUGCGAAUAUUGUGAGGAGCCGCCAGAUCGAUUGGGAUUUCCGGCCGGACCCGGAUGUACUGAUUGGGGGUCAUGGCAAUGGCACUGGUGAUACGAUGCUGCCCAAUCUGUGCGUGUUCAUCGUUGCCACGCUGUGUGCCGGAAUCGUACAGAGACUCAUACACGGCAGUGGCUAGUAAUUAGGAAGAGAGUAGUCGGAAGAAGAGAAUCUCAACCUCAAGAGGAUUUUUUUUAAUCAAUAUGAGCUCCACUAACAUCAUUUUAAGACACAAUAAAUGAAAAACAAUCGCAGCUAGAGACACAA